ACCAAAUGCUCAAUUCAGUCGUUUCUAUUAAUGCGCGUACGUCUGAACGUUAAACUCGCUGUCAUAAAAUAAUCGCUACCAAACGUAUCUACUACGUAUUCACGACGUUGUUGCGCUUUAUCAACAAACGUAUUAACGGUACGGGGUUUGUUUUGUUUCCUGCUACAAUAUCGUUCGGUCGUGAAAGUCCUGUUGCAAAAGUGUAUUUCAGAAAACGAGUAAAAACGUUGCUCGUUAAAACUUUGAGAGCAGUUCUGAAGACAGAGCGCAAUUGUGUGUGUGUGUGUUUUAGUAGAGAACAGAAAAGGGGUGGUAAAUACCCAUAACCGCCCUAAUUUUGGUGUACAUGUGUAGGAAUAUGUGUCUAUCGCAAUCACCACUAUAUGUUUGUUGUACGAGUAAAGUAUUUGGAUAGAUAGAUAGAUACUUAGAUAGAUUUUACAGACGCGUUUCCGUUUUCCGUUGCUGCAUUGUCAUUCGUUUACGAAUACUCGCCUAGUGUUAACGUUGGCUUUUUUCUUCGUUUUGUGUACGUAGUGUCAGCAGCCAAGGCAGCAGCAUCAGUAGACAACCAAACAAAACGGUCGUAUAACCUCAUUACAAAUCAAUCCCCAUCAGUUGAUUAUAUACCAUCAGCCAGGUUUUAACACCAACAAAAAAUACACUGCAAAAAACCCAACCAAAGCAAAACAAAACAGAAAAAUUAAAAUAAAUCCCUUAGAGUCGUUUGUUGUCUCACCAACUAAAUCUACUACCACUACAACUAACUAGAUUGUUUGUUGUACAUUUAUUUUAGCCCAGUCUAAUUACCCGCUGGAUUAAAUUAUUAAAACACUUAAGCCGUCGCGGAUUUUGAAUCAAAACAAAUGGAAACAAAAAAUAAAACAUCAACCAACCAACUACAAUAAAAAAUAAUAAUACAACAAAAAAAAAUAUAACGAAACAAAAAGUGAAAGUGUUAAAAAAAUGUUGUAAAAAAUGAAAUGAAAUCAAAACAAAAUCAAAUCAGAUAUACAACUAUUAUAAAAUAAAAAUCAUAAUAAAUCCAAUAUAAUCCCUAUAAAUACUACACAUUUUAAAGCUUUUAAUACAAAUGCAAAAGCUUUUUCAAUUAAUAACUUAAACUAAACACUUGGCCGCCACUAAUUGUGGCUAAAACUAUUUUUACUCUUUGACUCUUGGGGUUAUCAAUCUUAAAUAUCUUUAAGAUAUCCGUGUUCAAAAAUUCUAAAUUAUUCGCCCGGCCCCAUUUAACUAAAUGAUUUAAUGCUAAAGUGCGUGACCGUCGGCUAGUGACAAAAAUCGAAAUCAAUUUUCUUAGCAAAACAAUUAAUAGAAACACCAACAACAACAACAACAACGUUCGAAAAUAUCUAACAAAACAUAACAGAAAAAAAGUAAUAAAUUUCAUUAAACCAUUAAUUAAAGUGUAUGCACGCUAAGCAUUUGUCUGCUUAAUUUCUUAAAGUGUAAAAUAAAUCUUUCGAAAAGUCAUAUAAAGUGGAUUAAACUUUAACAUCUAUCAGCGUGUUUAAAAUAAAACGCAAGGCUGGAAAACAAAGCUCUUUUUGAGCAGAGCUUCAACUUUGCAAAUCCCCAAGUGUACGAUACCGGCUUCACGACGACGACUACAUUCCUGCAACACUUUAAGGACGUCGUCACGACGAAGUUCUCCGGCAGAGACCAUCAUCUGCCGCCACUACAUCCCCAUCAACAACACACCACGUUGCACGCCCACCAUCAGCCACACCAGGCUGUGGCUCAAGGCUUUUCAACCAUUUUUCCCACAUAUCUAGGCAUGGAUCGCGCCAGUGGCGGCAACGCUGCUGGCGGCGGUCUGGGUAAUCCCGGCGGUGGUGGUGCCUUAAAUGGUCUCGAAGCCAUGUCAGCCGAAUCGACUGGUUUAUGCUUGCAAGACUUGGUCAGUGCUGGCACCGCUGCUGGUGCCGGUUCGGCGGGCUCGGCCGAGAGUGCAACCAGCACCAGUACUGCUCUCAGUAGCGGCAGUACGGGUAGUUCAACUGUAAAUAGUAAUACGUCGGUGGGUGGUGGCAGUGAUCACAUGCACAAUCAUCACAGUCUGCACGAUUCUAGUUCAUCGGUCAGCAUUUCACCCGCCAUAUCGAGCCUAAUGCCAAUCGGUAGUUUAAGUCAUUUACAUCAUGGCACUGGUCAGGAUCUGGUGUCCGGUUACAGUCAACAUCCACAUCAUUCAGUAGCACCCCCGCAUACACCAAAACAUGAACCACUGGAGAAACUCAGAAUUUGGGCUGAAACUGGUGAUUUUCGUGAUAGUCAUAGUUCUAUGGCCGCUGUAGCAAAUGGUUUAGAGACAUCCCACUUAAAUAAUUUUCAAACAUCAUCGACGUCUUCGUCGGCGUUAACGAAUCGGAGUAGAGAUCGUAAAGAUGGUAAUAAUCGUUCCAUCAAUGAGACUACAAUUAAAACAGAAAACAUAUCAAAUUCCGGUCAUGAUGAGCCAAUGACAACGACCACCGAUGAACCCAAAAAUGAUAAGAAAAAUAAACGUCAACGCCGCCAGAGAACACAUUUUACGUCACAACAACUACAGGAGCUGGAACAUACCUUCAGUCGCAAUCGUUAUCCAGACAUGUCGACACGCGAAGAGAUUGCCAUGUGGACAAACUUAACAGAAGCUAGAGUUAGGGUGUGGUUCAAAAAUCGUCGUGCCAAGUGGCGUAAACGUGAGCGUAAUGCCAUGAAUGCUGCUGUAGCGGCUGCUGAUUUCAAAUCCGGUUUUGGCACACAAUUCAUGCAACCAUUUGCCGAUGAUUCGCUCUAUUCAUCGUAUACCUACAACAAUUGGACUAAAGUUCCUUCACCGCUGGGCACAAAACCCUUCCCCUGGCCGGUUAAUCCACUCGGCUCAAUGGUAACAUCAAAUCAUCAUCAAAACUCGGUCAACUGUUUUAAUACGGGCGCUAGUGGUGUGGCCGUUAGUAUGAAUAAUACCAUGCUGCCCGGUUCUAUGGGCGGUACGCUGACAAAUACAAAUGUGGGAAGCGCACCAUGUCCGUAUAGUACACCUGCCAAUCCGUAUAUGUAUCGUGCCGCUGCUGAACCUUGCAUGACCUCGAGCAUGUCGUCGAGUAUUGCCACAUUACGCUUGAAGGCCAAACAGCAUACAACCGGCUUCGCCAGUCCCUAUUCAGCACCCUCGCCCGUUUCCCGUUCCAAUUCAGCCGGCCUCUCAGCAUGUCAGUACACCGGUGUUACAGAUGUUGUUUGAGAAAACGCCCUCGGGGCUCUGCUUAAUCAACAUCAACACCAUUUACAUCAUUUCUCCGGCAGUGGCGGCGGCAAUAAUUCCAGCAAUAGUGCCAAUCUCAAUACAAAUCUACAACAACAUUUGCACAAUAACAACAACUCUUUGCUGCACAAUAACAAUUUGCUAAUGGACCAUCACGAUGCCGGCGACACGAAAUCCCCGCAUGAUCUUCAGCACUCAGAUGUGGCUGGCAACAGUGUCAACGGAAACAAUGGUGGAGGUGGUGGUGGUAACUCUAAUGGUUUAAUGGGCUCCAAUGGCAACACAGAUGUAGUCGAUGACAAUGAUGAGGACAUCAUCGACUGAAAACUGCAACCAAAUCAUUAAAAUAUAUCAAAGAAAACAAAAAAUAUCAACAAAAAAAAGUUUUAGUUAAUAAGUAUUUUUUUUUUUUUUUGGAAAAUUGUUGUAAUCAAUCAACAUUUUUAGCAAAGACCCUAAGAAAAUAAUUAAUUAAAUAAAUAAUUGUUAUUUGUAAAAAAGAAAAGUGAAAAUAUAAUAAAUAAAAAACCAAAUCGUGAGUAGUUUUUUAAUAUAAAUAAUAAAAAUAAAUUUGUAAUUUAUAUUUAAUAAGUAAAACAAACCAAAAAUUAAGUGGGUUUAUAAACAGAAAUCGGUGUAACUUAGUGAUACGCAACACAAUUUUGUAUUCAAAUAUUUCCGCCUGAUUUCUGUUUUCAGAUCCACAAGAACUAAAGUAUUUUAUUAAAAUACUUAAAAAGAAAAAGAAAAAGAACAAUAACUACUUUAAAUUAUUUAAAUUUUCAAAUAAAAAAAAAUUAAAAAUAUUUAAGAUUUCUUUUUUUAUAUUUUUCAAUUGAAAUACAUACAACAUAUGUAUGAAAUAACUAUGUAAAUAUUGCCAUAAAACCAAAACUAACUAACAAAAGAAAAACAACAUUUAACCAAAUCUUAAAACCAAAUAUUAUUUAAAUUUAAUUUCAUCAAUUGUUUAUGCAUUUAAUUUAAAUUCUUUUUUCAUAUUUUACUCAAUUAGUCUACUUUCUUUAUUUGUUCAAUAAUUUCUAACCAUUUUCUUUAUUAUUAUUAUCUAAUCAUAAUUAAAAUAGUCUUCUUAACAUCUAUACAUAUUAUUGUAAAACAAAAUAUUGAUAAAGAAAUAAAUAAAAUUAACAAUAACAAAAAAGAAAAAAAAAACAAAACACAAAAUAAAUGAAUAAAUGAAAAUUUAAUAACUGAAGCAAAAAAAGAAAAAAAGCAAAAAAUCUAUAUCUCUAAAACUUUAAAACACACAACAGUUUUUAAGAAGUUGUCUAGUCGUAUACAAAUCAAUUAUAAUUAAACAAAACCAACAACAAAAAAUUUAAAACAACAAAAAAAUCCAACAAAACAUAUAAUUAGUUUUUAAGAAAUUUAAUCAAAAACCAAAACAAAAACAAAAAAAGAACAAUAAAAAUUUAAUAAACCAAAAAGUAAA